AUGUCAUAUACUCACACAUCGUCUUCCCGGAUCGUCAUCUCCCCCAAGAACACCGGUCUCUGGGCGAUUGACCAGGAUGAAGACGCUGCUCGUCGUACAGAGGAGGUUCUCAAGAAGGAUUUAAACGUGCUCCAUCACGUAUUAGCACUCUACGGCACAGGGGCCAACGCGAAGCAGAUUGAGAGGGCUUUCGACUUGCGACACGACCUACAGCGCCCCGUCGAACCUCGUCAUGACGAGAUUAUAAGAGACAUGCUGAGAGACGAGAGCGCUGCUUCGAAGUACCUAGGUGAUGAGAAGUAUUACCCGGACUUCCUCGCAUACUUCCAGCACAAGAUCGAUGCUGGCGGUUACGAACAAGUCGUGCGCGACACGUUGCUGAGACGCGAUGCCGCGUCCGACGACAUGCUGCUCCGCCUCCACGCAGGCGUGCUGCACCCGUUGAUCCAGCUCAUGUAUGGUCUUGAGUGGAAGCAACCGGCCAUCGUCGCCGAGGCACUCGCGCAAGCAUCCGUCCACGAGGUUGAGUCGCUCGACGAGCUGCUGCUGCCCAGCGAGCGCGACGCCGAGGGCAGCCCGCAGGGUUCGCGAAUGCCGGCCGUGAUCGAUCUUUACGAGGAGAUUCGGACCUCUUCUGCUUUUGAAGGCGCGGCUCGGUUUCGAGAUGAGAGCAAGAUAAGAGACGGCAUCCUGCAGAGGGCCAAGGCGCCCAUGCUUGCCCUGUUACGAAGGGUGCGCGUCCAGGACGACGAGUUGGAGGAAAGAACAGCUGAGAUGUUUCACGCUGCGAUCCUCGUUGCGUCCAGUGCGGCCGUACAUCCGCCUCACCAUGUCAAAUUCGACUUCUUCCUCAUGCACCACAUCAACGCCGCAGUCAUGUACCUGACGACGCUCACGCAGUCGUGGCUAUCACGGGAGGACAAGAGGCGCCUGCUGGAAUGGAAGAUCCGUAUGGAUCUCAUUGAGUACACCGCUCGCGGCCGGACCGCCAUUGAUCUUGGCCGCAUCACCUCCUACAGCCCCAAGGUGACCGGCGAAAGCUCGAUCAAGAAGAUCGGGAACCGCCUCCACGACUUUGGCGACGACGGCCACGGAAUCAAACAGGCGCGCGCGACGGCACUGUGUCACGAACUGAUGAAGCGGUACGAGGACAAGCCGUGGGCUGUGUUGAAGGGGGAUGAGGUCUGGCGGAAAAUCCAGCAUAUGGUUGUCGACGCUCUCCAGGCGCCGGGGCCGCUAUACGCGCGCUCCGCCGGGUUCGAGGAGGCCUGGGAGGAUGUUCCGCCGCAGUCCACGCCGCGCCGGCCCGACGAGGAGCUGCGUGCUUUGCAGACAGGCAGCGGCAGCUCGGCUGUCGCUCUGGCGUCGGCAUGA